GCGCUGCCCAGGGGGCUGACCGCGGCCGGAGGGCGCCCCAGGACCGGGCCGGGAGCCCGCGCCGCGCGCCGAGGCCAAAUUGCUUGAGGGCCCAAGUUGGAUCUGAUCCAAAGCCUGAGAUCAAGCUGGGCACAGAGCCUGGUCUGGAGCUGGAGCCCAAACCACAACUGGACUGCCCCUGCCAUGCAGAAGGAUACAGGCACUGUGCCUUCCUGCACUGGCAUGCAGUUCUCCAGGCCCUUCCCUCUGUUGCCAUUGCUGUUGCUGCUCGGUGCCAGUGUGCCUGGUGUCUGGGGUCAGGCUGGAAGUUUGGACCUGCAGAUUGAUGAGGAACAGCCAGCAGGCACUCUGAUCGGGGACAUCAGUGCAGGGCUUCCGGCAGGCACGGUAGCACCUCCAAUGUACUUCAUCUCUGCUCAAGAGGGCAGCGGUGUGGGCACAGACCUGGCCAUCGAUGAGCACACUGGAGUCGUCCGUACAGCCCGAAUCUUAGACCGAGAGCGACGGGAUCGCUACCGCUUCACUGCAGUCACUCCUGAUGGAGCCACGGUGGAAGUUACUGUGCGAGUGGCUGAUAUCAAUGACCAUGCUCCAGCCUUCCCACAGGCUCAGGCUGCCCUCCAGAUCCCUGAACAUACGGCUCUUGGCACCCGCUACCCACUGGAGCCUGCUCGUGAUGCAGACGCUGGCCGCCUAGGAACCCAAGGCUAUGCCCUCUCUGGUGAUGGGGCUGGAGACACCUUCCGGCUGGAGACACGGCCAGGUCCAGAUGGUGCACCAAUGCCCGAGCUGGUGAUUUCCGGGGAGCUGGACCGAGAGAACCGCUCACACUACAUGCUGCAACUGGAGGCUUAUGAUGGUGGCUCACCCCCUCGCAGAGCCCAGGCUCUGCUGGAUGUGACACUGCUGGACAUCAAUGAUCACGCCCCUGCUUUCAAUCAGAGCCGCUAUCACGCUGAGGUGUCUGAGAGCCUGGCUCCUGGAAGUGCUGUUUUGCAAGUAUAUGCAUCUGACGCUGAUGCUGGUGCCAAUGGGGAUGUAACUUAUGAGAUCAACCGGAGGCAGAGCGACGGGGAUGGGCCCUUCUCCAUUGAUGCACACACAGGACUGCUGCGGCUGGAGCGACCACUAGACUUUGAGCAACGGCGGGUCCAUGAGUUGGUGGUGCAGGCCUGGGAUGGUGGGGCUCACCCAGAGCUGGGCUCAGCCUUUGUGACUGUACAUGUACGAGAUGCCAACGACAACCAGCCUUCCAUGACAGUCAUCUUCCUGAGUUCUGAUGGCUCCCCACGAGUGUCUGAAGCUGCCCCACCAGGCCAGCUUGUUGCUCGUAUCUCAGUGUCAGACCCAGAUGAUGGCGACUUUGCCCAUGUCAAUGUGUCUCUGGAGGGUGGAGAGGGCCACUUUGCCCUAAGCACCCAGGACAGUGUCAUCUACCUGGUGUGUGUGGCUCGGCGACUGGAUCGGGAGGAACGUGACGCCUAUAACUUGCGGGUUACUGCCACAGAUUCAGGCUCACCCCCGCUGCGGGCCGAGGCCACCUUUGUGCUUCAUGUCACUGAUGUCAAUGAUAAUGUACCUGUCUUUGACCGUCAGCUCUACAGACCUGAGCCCCUGCCUGAGGUGGCACUGCCUGGCAGCUUUGUGGUGCGAGUGAAGGCCCGAGAUCCUGACCAAGGAGCCAAUGGGCAGGUCACUUAUAGCCUGGCUCCAGGCACCCACACCCACUGGUUCUCCAUUGACCCCACCUCGGGCAUCAUCACCACAGCUACCUUGUUGGACUACGAGUUGGAACCUCAACCACAGCUAAUUGUGGUAGCCACAGAUGGGGGCUUGCCUCCUCUCACCUCUUCUGCCACAGUCAGUGUAGCCCUGCAAGAUGUGAAUGAUAAUGAGCCCCAGUUCCAGAGGACUUUCUAUAACGCCUCCCUGCUGGAAGGCACCCAGCCUGGAACCUGCUUCCUGCAGGUGACAGCCACAGAUGCAGACAGUGGCACAUUUGGCGUCCUAUCCUACUCCUUGGGUGCUGGACUCGGAGCCUCAGGGUCUCCCCCAUUCCGCAUUGAUGCUCUCACCGGUGAUGUGUGUACAACCCGAACUCUGGAUCGAGACCAUGGGCCUUCAAGUUUCGACUUCACAGUGACUGCUGUGGAUGGAGGAGGCCUCAAGUCCAUUGUGUAUGUGAAGGUGUUUGUGUCAGACGAAAAUGACAACCCACCUCAGUUUUAUCCAAGAGAGUAUGCAGCCAGUCUGAGUGUCCAGAGCACACCUGGCACAGCUGUGCUGAAGGUCCGUGCCCGUGACCCUGAUCAGGGGCUCCAUGGGCAACUCUCCUACCACAUCCUGGCUGGCAAUAGUCCCCCUCUCUUUGCCUUGGAUGAACACUCAGGGCUGCUGACAGUAGCCUGGCCUUUAGCCAGACGAGCCAAUUCUGUGGUACAGCUGGAGAUUGGGGCUCAGGAUGGUGGUGGUCUGCAGGCAGAGCCCAGAGCCAGAGUCAACAUCAGUAUUGUGCCUGGAACUCCCAUACCACCUGUAUUUGAGCAGCUGCAGUACGUCUUUUCUGUGCUAGAGGAUGCAGCACCAGGCACCAGUGUGGGCAAGGUCCAGGCACACAACCCACCAGGUCGCUUGGGGCCUGUGACUCUUGCUCUGUCAGAUGGGGAUCCCCGAGGACUCUUCUCCAUAGAUGGGGUCUCAGGGCUAUUAAAAACACUUCGCCCUCUAGACCGGGAGCUUUUGGGACCAGUAUUGGAGCUGGAGGUGCGGGCAGGCAGUGGCAUACCCCCAGCUUUUGCAGUAGCCCGUGUACGUGUGCUGCUGGAUGAUGUAAAUGACAAUUCCCCUGCCUUCCCAGCACCCGAAGACACGGUGUUGCUGCCACCCAGCACUGCCCCAGGAACCCUCAUCUACACACUUAGGGCUCUAGAUCCUGACUCAGGCGUUAAUAGUCGAGUCACCUUUACACUGCUUGCAGGGGAUGUUGGGACUUUCACUGUGGAUCCAACUACAGGCCAAAUACGACUUAUGGGACCUCUAGGUCCCCCAGGCGGACCAGCCUAUGAAUUGGAAGUGGAGGCUAGAGAUGGGGGCUCCCCACCCCGCACCAGCCAUUUUCGCUUGAGGGUGGUGGUACAGGAUAUGGGGACUCGUGGACUGGCUCCCCACUUCAGCAGCCCUACGUACCACAUAGAUUUGCCUUCAGGCACUACCCCUGGGACUCGGGUCCUGCAAGUACAAGCUCGAGCACCAGAUGGGAUCCCUGUUAUCUACCACCUUGCAGCAGAUGGGCUAAGUAGCCCCUUUAGCCUGGAAACACAAAGUGGGUGGCUGUGGGUACGGGCAGCCCUGGACCAGGAACUGUAUACUCUGAAGGUAAUGGCUGUGUCUGGGUCUAAAGUUGAGCUAGGGCAACAGACAGGGACAGCCACCGUCAGGGUCAGCAUCCUCAACCAGAAUGACCACAGUCCCCGCUUAUCUGAGGAACCCACCUUCCUGACUGUGGCUGAGAACCAGCCACCAGGGACCAGUGUGGGCCGAAUAUUUGCCACUGACCGAGACCCAGGACCCAAUGGACGACUGACCUACAGUCUGCGACAUCUCUCUGAAGACAGCAAGGCCUUCCGCAUCCACCCUCAGACUGGUGAGGUGACCACGCUCCAAAGCCUCGAUCGUGAGCGGCAGAGCAGCUACCAGCUCCUAGUGCAAGUGCAGGAUGGGGGGAGCCCUUCCCGAAGUACCACAGGCACUGUGCACAUUGCAGUGCUAGACCUCAACGACCACAGCCCCACCUUCGUGCAGGCCUCAGGGGCUGCUGGCGGUGGUCUUCCGAUCCAGGUGCCAGAUCGGGUACCUCCAGGAACCCUAGUGACAACGCUCCAAGCCAAGGAUCCGGAUGAGGGGGAGAAUGGGACCAUUCUCUAUUCUCUAACUGGACCUGGCUCAGAGCUCUUCUCUCUGCACUCUCACUCUGGGGAGCUGUUCACAGCGGCGCCCCUGAUCAGAGCAGAGCGGCCCCAUUACGUGCUGACGCUGAGCGCUCGCGAUCAAGGCACCCCUCCUCGGAGCUCCAGCCUCCAGCUGCUGGUGCAGGUGCUGCCCUCCAUUCGGUCUCCGGAGACUCCGCACGAUCCUUCCGAGCCGGACCCGGCGACGCCGGUGCCCGUGGUGCUGACGGUGACCGCCGCCGAAGGGCUGCAACCGGGCUCCCUGCUGGGCUCGGUGGCACCCCCGGAGUCAGCGGCGGCGGGCACCCUCACCUACACGCUGGUGGGUGGCGCGGACCCCGAAGGCACCUUCGCGCUCGACGCGGCCUCGGGCCGCUUGUACUUGGCGCGGCCCCUGGACUUCGAGGCGGGCCCGCCGUGGCGCGCUCUCACGGUUCGCGCCGAGGGGCCGGGAGGCGCGGGCGCACGGCUGCUGCGCGUGCAGGUGCGUGUGCAAGACGAAAACGAACACGCGCCCACCUUCGCCCGCGACCCGCUGGCACUGGCGCUGCCCGAGAACCCAGAGCCCGGCGCUGCGCUCUACACUUUCCGAGCCUCGGACGCCGACGGCCCGGGCCCCAACAGCGACGUGCGCUACCGCCUGCUGCGCCAGGAGCCGCCCGUGCCCGCCCUUCGCCUGGAUGCACGCACCGGGGCCCUGAGCGCCCCGCGAGGCCUGGACCGGGAGACCACUCCCGCUCUGCUGCUGCUCGUAGAAGCCACCGACCGGCCCACCAACGCCAGCCGCCGCCGCACGGCGCGCGUGUCUGCGCGCGUCUUUGUCACGGACGAGAAUGACAACGCGCCCGUCUUCGCCUCGCCCUCUCGCGUGCGCCUCCCGGAGGACCAGCUGCCUGGGCCCGCGGCGCUGCAUGUGGUGGCCCGGGACCCCGACCUGGGGGAGGCUGCGCGCGUGUCCUAUCGCCUGGCAGCUGGAGGCGACGGCUACUUUCGAUUACACUCCAGUACUGGAGCGCUGUCCGUGGUGCGACCUCUGGACCGUGAACAGAAGGCUGAGCAUGUGCUGACGGUGGUGGCCUCCGACCAUGGCUCCCCGCCUCGCUCAGCCACACAGCUGCUGACUAUCAGUAUCGCCGACGUGAAUGACGAGGCCCCCACUUUCCAGCAGCAGGAAUACAGCGUCCUUUUGCGUGAGAAUAGCCCUCCUGGUACUUCUCUCCUCACUCUGCAGGCCACUGACCCUGACCUGGGGCCCAAUGGGCAUGUGACUUAUGGGGGCAUCUCUGGAGAAAGCUUUACCCUGGACCCAGACACUGGAGUUCUCACAACUCUUCAGGCCCUGGAUCGGGAGGAACAGGAGGAGAUCAACUUGACAGUGUAUGCCCGGGACAGGGGCUCACCCCCAUUGUUGACGCAUGUCACAGUACGAGUGGCAGUGGAGGAUGAGAAUGACCAUGCCCCAGCCUUUGGGAGCACCCACCUCACCCUAGAGGUACCUGAGGGCCAAGACCCUCAAAUUCUUACCAAACUGCGGGCCUCUGACCCAGAUGAAGGAGCAAAUGGGCAGCUACAGUACCACAUCCUGGAUGGAGAUCCAUCUGGAGCCUUUGUUCUUGAUUCUGCCUCUGGAGAGUUUGGCACCAUGAGGCCUUUAGACCGCGAGGUGGAGUCAGCAUUCCAGCUGCGAAUAGAGGCCCGGGAUGGAGGCCAGCCAGCUCUCAGUGCCACUCUGCUUGUGACAGUGACAGUGCUGGAUGCCAAUGAUCAUGCCCCAGCUUUCCCUGUGCCUGCCUACGCUGUGGAGGUAUCUGAAGAUGCACCUGCAGGGACCGUGCUGCUGCAGUUAAAGGCUCAUGACCCUGAUGCUGGGGCCAAUGGUCUUGUAACCUACUAUCUGGGUGCAGGUGCUGCAGGUGCCUUCCUGCUGGAACCCAGCUCUGGGGAACUGCGCACGACCACAGCCCUGGACAGAGAGCAGUGUCCCAGCUAUGCCUUUUCUGUGAGCGCAGUGGACAAUGCGGCUGCUGGGCCUCUGAGCACCACAGUGCCUGUCACCAUCACAGUGCGAGAUGUCAAUGAUCAUGCCCCUGCUUUCCCCACCAGUCCUUUGCGGCUGCGCCUGCCCCGUCCAGGCCCCAGCCUCAGUACCCCACCUCUGGCUCUGGCUACUCUGCGAGCUGAAGACCGUGAUGCUGGUGCCAAUGCAUCAAUCCUCUACCGUCUGGCAGGCACGCCACCACCUGGUACCACUGUGGACUCUUACACUGGUGAAAUUCGCUUGGCCCGCUCUCCUGCAGCCCUGGGCCCUCGGGAUCGUGUUCUCUUCAUUGUGGCCACUGACCUGGGCCGUCCAGCUCGCUCUGCUACUGGCGUGGUCAUUGUUGGGCUGCAAGGGGAGUCUGAACGUGGACCCCGCUUUCCUCGGACUAGUAGCGAAGCUGUGCUCCGUGAGAAUGCACCCCCAGGCACUCCUAUUGUCUCUCCCAAAGCCACCCAUGCUGGGGGUUCCAGUGGCCCAAUCACCUACAGCAUUCUCAGUGGAAACGAGAAAGGAACAUUCUCUAUCCAGCCUAGUACUGGAGUCAUCACAGUUCGCUCCGCAGAGGGAUUGGACUUUGAGGCAAGUCCACGGUUGCGACUAGUAUUACAGGCAGAAAGUGGAGGCACUUUUGCAUUCUCCGUGCUGACACUCACCCUGCAAGAUGCCAAUGAUAAUGCUCCCCGCUUCCUGCAGCCCCACUAUGUUGCCUUCCUGCCUGAGUCCAGGCCCUUGGAGGGGUCUCUGCUACAGGUGGAGGCAGAUGACCUGGAUCAAGGUCCCAGUGGACAGAUCUCCUAUAGUCUGGCUGCAUCCCAGCCAGCCCGGGGAUUGUUCCACAUAGACCCAACUACAGGCACGAUUACCACCACAGCCAUUCUGGACCGUGAGAUCUGGGCUGAAACACGGUUAGUAUUGAUGGCCACAGACAGAGGAAGUCCAGCCCUGGUGGGCUCAGCUACCCUUACAGUGAUGGUCAUCGAUACCAAUGACAAUCGUCCCACCAUCCCCCAGCCCUGGGAGCUCCGAGUAUCUGAAGAUGCACUCCUUGGCUCAGAGAUUGCGCAGGUAACGGGGAAUGAUGUGGACUCUGGACCAGUGUUGUGGUAUGUGCUGAGCCCCUCCGGACCCCAGGAUCCCUUCAGUGUAGGCCGCUAUGGAGGCCGUGUCUCACUCACAGGCCCUUUGGACUUUGAGCAACAUGACCGUUACCACCUGCAGCUAUUGGCACAUGAUGGGCCUCACCAAGGCCAUGCCAAUCUCACAGUGCUUGUGGAAGAUGUCAAUGACAAUGUACCUGUAUUCUCUCAGAGUCUCUACCAGGUGAUGCUGGUUGAACACACACCCCCAGGCAGCGCCAUUCUCUCUGUCUCUGCCACCGACAAGGACUCAGGGGCCAAUGGUCACAUCUCCUACCACCUGGCCUCCCCUACUGAGGGCUUCAGUGUUGACCCCAACAACGGAACUCUAUUCACAACAGUGGGAGCAAUGAUUUGGGGCCAGGAGGGGCCAGGAGUGGUGGAUGUGGUGCUAGAAGCACGAGAUCACGGGAUGCCAGGCCGGGCAUCUCGAGCCACAGUGCACGUGCAGCUACAAGACCAGAACGACCAUGCCCCAAGCUUCACAUUGCCAAACUACCAGGUGGCUGUGACUGAGGAUCUGCCCCCAGGUUCUACCCUGCUCACCCUGGAGGCCACAGAUGCUGACGGGAGCCGUACCCAUGCAAUUGUGGACUACAGCAUCAUUAGCGGCAACAGGGGCAAAGUCUUCCAACUGGAACCCAGGCUGGCCGAGUCAGGGGAAGAUAGUGGACUAGGUCCCCGGGUUCUGGGCUGCCUGGUAUUGCUUGAGCCUCUGGAUUUUGAAAGCUUGACCCAGUACAACCUAACAGUGGCUGCAGCUGAUCGGGGGCAGCCUCCUCGCAGCUCAGCAGUGCCUAUCAUGAUCACCGUAUUAGAUGUCAAUGACAAUCCACCCAUCUUCUCCCAAGCAUCCUACCAUGUGAUAGUGCCUGAGGACACACCCACUGGAGCUGAGCUGCUGCAUGUGGAGGCCUCAGAUGCUGACCCAGGCCCUCAUGGUCUCAUACGUUUUACACUUACCUCAGGUGACCCUCUGGGGCUCUUUGAGCUGGAUGAGAGCUCAGGUGCCCUGCGACUGGCCCAUUCCUUAGAUUGUGAGGUUCAGGCUCGACAUCAGCUUGUAGUGCAGGCAGCUGACCCUACAGGGGCACACUUUGCUCUAGUCCCAGUGACAGUUGAGGUUCAGGAUGUGAAUGAUCAUGGCCCAACCUUCCCCCUGAGCUUGCUCAGCACCAGCCUGGCAGAGAACCAGCCUCCAGGCACUCUUGUAACCACACUGCAUGCAAUUGAUAGGGAUGCUGGUUCUUUUGGGAAGCUUCGUUACAGCCUGCUAGAGGCUGGCCCAGGGCCUGAGGGUCGUGAGGCAUUUGCACUGAACAGCUCAACAGGGGAGCUGCGGGCCCGAGUGGCCUUUGACUAUGAACACACGGGAAACUUCCAGCUACUGGUAGGUGCUGCUGAUGCUGGGAAUCUCUCAGCCUCAGUCACUGUGUCAGUGCUGGUGACCGGAGAGGAUGAGUAUGACCCCAUUUUCCUGGCUCCAGCAUUUCACUUCCAGGUGCCAGAAGGUGCCCGACGUGGUCACAGCCUGGGUCAUGUGCAGGCCACAGAUGAAGAUGGAGGUGCCGAUGGUCUGGUACUCUAUUCCCUUGCCACCUCUUCCCCCUAUUUUGGAAUCAACCAGACUACAGGUGUCCUGUACCUACGGGUAGACAGCCGGGCACCAGGCAGUGGAACAGGUAGCUCGGGGACUGGGAGCCGGACUCGCCGUGAAGCACCACGGGAGUUGAGGUUAGAGGUGAUGGCACGGGGGCCUCUCCCUGGCUCCCGGAGUGCCACAGUGCCUGUGACUGUGGACAUCACCCACACCGCACUGGGCUUGGCACCUGACCUCAACCUGCUCUUGGUGGGAGCCGUAGCAGCCUCCCUAGGAGUUGUAGUGGUACUUGCACUGGCAGCCCUGGUUCUUGGGCUGGUGAGGGCCCGCAGCCGUAAGGCUGAGGCAGCACCUGGCCCAAUGUCACAGGCAGCACCUCUGGCUAGUGGAACUCUGCAAAAGCUGGGCCGAGAGCCACCCAGCCCACCACCCUCAGAACACCUAUAUCACCAGACUCUCCCCAGCUACGGCGGGCCAGGAGCUGGGGGUCCCUAUCCCCGGGGUGGCUCCCUGGACCCUUCACAUUCAAGUGGCCGAGGCUCAGCAGAGGCUGCAGAGGAUGACGAGAUUCGCAUGAUCAAUGAGUUUCCCCGAGUGGCAAGCGUAGCCUCCUCGUUGGCUGCUCGUGGUCCCGACUCGGGCAUCCAGCAGGAUGCAGAUGGACUAAGUGAUACAUCCUGUGAGCCAGCUGCUCCUGACACCUGGUAUAAGGGCCGCAAGGCAGGGCUGUUGCUGCCAGGAGCAGGAGCCACUCUCUACCGAGAAGAGGGGCCCCCAACCACAGCUACCACCUUCCUGGGGGGCUGUGGCCUCAGCCCUGCACCUUCUGGGGACUAUGGCUUCCCAGCAGAUGGCAAGCCAUGCGUGGCAGGUGCACUGACAGCCAUUGUGGCUGGAGAGGAGGAGCUUCGUGGCAGCUACAACUGGGACUACCUGCUAAGCUGGUGCCCUCAGUUCCAGCCUCUGGCCAGCGUUUUCACUGAGAUUGCCCGUCUCAAGGAUGAAGCGCGUCCAUGUCCCCCGGCUCCCCGUAUUGAUCCACCACCCCUCAUCACUGCCGUGGCUCACCCAGGAGCUAAAUCUGUGCCCCCCAAGCCAGCCAGCACAGCUGUCACUCGGGCCAUCUUCCCGCCAGCCUCCCACCGCUCCCCUAUCAGCCAUGAAGGGUCCCUGUCCUCAGCAGCCAUGUCCCCCAGCUUCUCCCCAUCACUGUCUCCGCUGGCUGCUCGUUCUCCUGUUGUCUCACCAUUUGGGGUAGCCCAGGGCCCCACAGCCUCAGCACUCAGCACAGAGUCUGGCCUGGAGCCCCCUGACGACACAGAGCUACACAUCUAGCUGUGGCCCAGGCUGGGCCCUGACCUGGGAUGUGCACAGCGUCCCCAAUGCAGGCCCCAUCUGAGCCUGUCCCGGGCAGCUUCGGACCAUGAUUGACCAUGGGGGAGGCCGGUGCCCCGUCCCUCCAUUAGGGGCAGGUCCCACAGCUCACCCUGGCCCCUCCAGAGCACCAGCACUACAGUCCUCAAUCAGGCACUGCCCUGUGGCCAGGUUCAGUGUGGUGAGAAAUAUGGAGGCAGCAGCCCUGGGUCCUCCUCAGUAAGGGCUUCUUGCCCUGCACCAGCACCCUGAGAUGGAGCUGAAACUUUAUUUAUUGGGGGUAGGGGGUUGGGGAAAGUCCUCCAGCCUGUUGGCGCCCAGCUCCCUUGGGUUCCACUGAUACCCCUGCCCUUGUCCAGAACCAAGUGCCAAUUCUCACUCUGGAGCCUUAAUAAACUGCAGUUUGUA